AUGAUUAGAGAAAAGCUAGUGACUGGUCUUAUGCUGAAUUCCAAGCAGCAGCCUGACCUCAUUUGCGAACCAUGUCUGGCUGGUAAAAUGCAUGCCAAUCCCUUCCCUACAUCGGACAGUCAUGCCUCCAAACCCCUAGAAUUAAUUCACACAGAUGUCCAUGGACCUCUGCCUGUGCGUACACACUCAGGAUAUCGGUACUGGACCACCUUCAUAGAUGAUUACAGCCAAUUCAGGGUUGUGCUAUUGCUAAAGGCCAAGAGUGAAGCCUUUGAUGCUUUCAAGCAAUAUAAAGCUUAUGCUGAAAAUCUGCUUGAAGCAAAAAUCAAGGCUGUCCAGGAUGACAAGGGUGGAGAGUACAUGUCCAAUGCCUUUAUACAGUUCACUCAGGAGGCAGGGAUUGAACGCAGACAUACCACCCGCAAUAGGCCACAGCAGAAUGGAGUUGCAGAGCGAGCCAAUUGCACAAUGGACAAUGACAUCACUGCUAUGCUAGCAGAGUCUAAACUGCCUCCUUCCUUCUGGGGAGAAUGUAUUGCAUCUAUGGUGCAUGUCUGGAACCGUCUGCCUACAGCAGUGGUGAAAGGUGCAACUCCCUAUGAGCUGUGGCACAAGCGGAAGCCAGAUGUUAGCCAUCUUCGUGUUUGGGGCUGUACUGCCUAUGUGCAUGUACAGAAGGAUCAGCAUACAGGUCUGGGACCACACAUGCAGAAAUGUGUGUUUAUUGGUUAUCCAGCAGGAUACAAGGGGUGGAAGUUCUAUAAUCCUGACACCAAAAAGACUAUAAUCUCAGAACGUGCUGAUUUUGAUGAGCGCUACUUCGCCGGCCUCAAAUGCACUCCUGAUAUUCCUCCUCCAUCCCCUAUGUCAUUUCCACCUGCAGACAUUAUUCCUCCACCUGUAGCACCUGUACCUGGACAGGAUUUAGGGGGAGAUGAUGCACAUGUGCCAAAUCCUGUACCUUGUCCAGUCACCCCAGAAGCUGAUCCACCUGCACCACCUCCUGCACCAGAGCACCCAGUAACUCCACCACCUCCAGAUCCUCCAGUCCAUCAUAGAGUUCCAACUCCUCCUCCAUUUGAACCUAUAGAUCAUCGACCAAUUGCUCAGCAUCGGGUACCUUGCAAUGUUAGGCCCACCUGGAAAAUGCGAGCUUCACCACCACCUGUGCAGAAUGCAGAGUCUGAGGAUGAGUUAGAUGUGAUAGAUGCAGAUGCAGGCUUUGUUGAAGUCCAGUUUGCUGGUCUAUCUGCUGGAGCAGACCCUUGGACCUAUAAACAGGCCAUGGGCAGUCCUGAUGCUGAUAAGUGGCAGCAAGCGGCCAAUGAAGAGAUUGUGUCUCUAAUGGCCAAUAACACAUGGGAAAUUGUUCCACUGCCACCAGGCAAAAAGGCAAUAGGCUCAGGCUGGGUGUUUAAGGUGAAGCACAAUGCAGAUGGUUCUGUAGAGCGCUAUAAAGGCAGAUUAGUUGCCAAGGGUUACAGUCAACGCCCUGGCUUUGACUACACAGAAGUCUUUGCUCCCACAUUCCGUCAAUCUGCAUUACGUCUUAUUCUAGCUCUUGCUGCAGCAGAGGAUCUAGAACUUCGCUCUGUGGAUAUCUCAUCUGCCUUCCUAAAUGGAGACUUGGAGGAAGAGAUCUACAUGUAG